CCCGGACGCAGUUGGAAGAAAACAAGCGGUAGGCAGCCUGUCGUUCCCGCGUAGCGUGGACUAUUCCCGUGGAUCGAGUUUCGGCGAGUGAAAGAAAGAGAGAGAGAGAGAGAGAGAACCGGCGCGGCGAAAACCAGGGGAGCUAACCAGUCGAGAAUCGCGGCGCGUUUAUCCCGAUAAUCAUGGUACAAAAGUGAAGGUUCACUUGGUGGUCGCUCGGAGGGUGGUGCGGCUGAACCGAACGAUGGUGACGAGAGGCUCGAGCGCGGAGCGAAUAUAAUAGCGACGAAAAAAAAAAGCUGACGUUCGAUAACACGGCGCGCGGUAAGGUUCGUUGAACCCUUUUCUGGAGCUAAAUGCUGAUGCGGCUGAUGUGACUCGGAUGCGCUCGAGAGAGCGUGUUGGCUCACCGCUGCGGAGGAUGAUGACGCGCGUCGGCUGAUUACGCGCGGAUUCUGUGUUGCAUGCGUCGAAUCGGCGCCGACCACCGCGCGCGAGCAUCGCGUUAUCGUCGCGUUGUGAUAUUCUGGAACUGGAACGUCUCCCUCUUCUGGUCUCUCUAAAAAUCGUCUUUAAGAAUCUCUGUCCGGUGUGUUCGCACGUCCUGCGUGCGUCGUGUUGUCUCCGGUGCGGCUGAAUGUGGCGCCGAGAAAGAUCACGACGGAUGCACGUUUGAGGAGAAGAGGGUGGAUGGGAGGGGGGGGAGGGUGGUGGUCGGUUUUUGUGUGGUGCAGUGUGUUUGGCAGCUCUUAAAUCCUCGAUUGCAUGUGGGUCACGAGUUGUAUUCGCCGCAGCUAAUGAGACAGAAGGUUCCGAGUUAAGAGGAAGAAAAUGUGGAGCUCGGUUACCGCGGCUGGCACUGAAAAUGGACCAGCACCACCUUCGAGAAGCAAACACAGUGCCACCCUACUUGCCGGUCACGUAUACCUUCUCGGGGGUCGAAAUGGAAAUCUACCUCUCAAAGAUCUCUGGCGAUACAGCCUCGCGGAGAGCAAAUGGGAGGAACUGCAUCCGGGGGGCGAGAGGCCGCCGGCUCUCCAGGAACACAGCGCGGUGGCGUAUAAGGAUUGCCUCUACGUCUUCGGCGGUGAACUAGGUUUCUCCGCCGGCACGGAAACGCCACUCUGGGUUUACAACGUUAAGACGAAUAUAUGGAGGAAGGUGAGAGCUCAACGAGGUUGCGUGGUUCCUAGAGGUCGAAGAGGCCACACCGCCCUGGUACAUCGCGGACAAAUGCUCGUAUACGGCGGUUAUCAAGAUCUACGAGGCAGCUCCUCUGAAUUAUGGGCUUUUCAUUUUGAAACUGAAUCCUGGCACCUGCUUUCAUCGAGUGAAAACGGGCCGGCUGCGAGACACAAGCAUUCGGCAGUUCUGCACGGCGAUGCGAUGUACAUUUAUGGUGGAAUGACGGAUCUUCAAGAGAGGAACGAUUGCUGGCGAUGGGACGUUAAUAGUGCUUCAUGGUCGAUGCUGAAAAACAAACCGGGUCCCGGACCUCUUCAUGGCCACGCGGCGUGCAGAUUGCCAAGUUGUAUGUUGAUCUUUGGCGGCGAGAGCGGCGGUUUGGCAACGAACGAGCUUUGGAGAUUUCAUUUCGGCACGGAGACCUGGGAGAAGUUGUCGGUACCAGGACCGAAACCGCAACCGAGAGCCGAAAGCGUCGCUCUCGCGGUAUCCGAAUUGCUGAUUCGCGGAACAAACAUAGACAAUUCGAAACCGAGGCCGAAGAAUCAGAGGCCUAGACUUUCGAGCAACAGAAUAUCGCCAAGCGAGGCUCCCUCCGCCAGACCCAGCUUUCUCAGAGAGAUUUCGAAAUUGUCGCAAAUAAAUCUGUCGAGGCUCAGUCAUCCGACAAAGUGCAGUUAUUCGGUUCUCAGUGGACAGGACGACAAUGAAGAAAGCCCUCAGGAGGCCUGCACGCAGGCAAACACGUAUUAUCCUUUUCAGCAAGUGGACGUCGAGGUGAUCGAACCCUCCACGGGGAUGGUAAAGUCUCGCAGCGCCAACACGCUGGCUCGCCGAAGGCAGAAAGUGUCGGAGGGAACGACGAGGACGGUUGACGUUAGCAAUACUAGCAAUACUACCACUUCUGGUAUGACCAGAGAUCCUAUUUCGGUGCCAAACUUUCGUGCUUUGACGUUACCAACUCCUGUACUCACGCCUGUAGAGGCCGCUCGAUUGGUCUUCGUUGAUCCGGAUGAGAACAGCGACAAUGAAGAGCGCAAGGAGCCGCCCACGUCGAGACUGAUUGAAGUUCAAGAGGAAAGACGAGAUUUCGCAGCGGUGCAUCAAGCUUGCCAGCCCACCCGCGGCGAGAGUUACAGCUCGCAUCUUUACGAAGCGGCUCUGCAAACGCCGAAAACUCCGACGACGACAAAGAUCCCGACUUCCGCCUCCGUUCGGUUCGCCGAUCUCGAGGAGGGCGAAGAAUCGACGUCGGACUACGCGAGUAUCGAGGCGAGAAGUCCGGGCGAUCCGCUCGCGGACGACGACUGGGUGUCCGGAAGAAGAUCGAAGCCGCACAGGCCGAUCGUCACCUCAUCGACGAUACGAGAGGGCCAAUUUGGUUUCUGUAAUCCGAAUUACCUUGGUUUGGACGAGACGAGAACCGGCCACCACCAUCACCAUCAUCAUCAUCAUCAGCAGCAGCAGCAGCAGCAGCAGCAGCAGCAGCAACAGCAAGACGGGAAAUAUGCCAAGUUGCUCAACAGUCCGCCCGAUAGUGUACUGGAGGAUGAACCUGGAAGAUCGGCUUCGCAGACAUUUGCGGAGUUGUUGGAACUUCAAGAGAUCAGGAGGGUGCCCCGAGCGCCACCGAAGAGUUUGCCGCUGGGUUCGCCGUCGAGAAGAGCGGUAAGCGCGUCGAGGGCUGAGAGGCAGAGGGCGAAGGUGGCGGCGGUGGACGCGACCGACGCUAAAACACCUUCCUAUGGGCCGGCACCUUUGUACGUUUUUUUAGUCGGCGGCAAAGAAAAGGGUCAAGUCACGGUGUUCGCCAGGCCGGUCUCUCUUUGGAAGCUACAGCUCGCGCCGCAUAUCUUUUAAGGAUGAUCGAUGGUCCACUUUAGUUGAGUCAUCCGCGCACUGUUAGUGAUAAGAAGAGGCACGAGAGGAUCGACGACUAAAGGGAAGCAUUCGUGCAGUCCAAUUUUUUCCAAGUUGCUGUGGUAUUUUACUAAUAUUUCUUAAUGAUGAAGUUGAUACUUGAGGGGAUCAAUUUUUGUUUAUUCUUUAUUUGAUUGUCGACAUUAAAGUUGAAUGUCGUUAAUUUUAUAUGUGUUCUUCGUUAUAGAGCGAAUAUGUCUUCUGUCUAUAAAAAUGAUUACUGAAUGUAAUUGUUGACUUCUUUCGUUCGUUAAUGUUUGUUAUUUGUUAUUACUUGAUACUUGCGUUACAUUUUCUGCAUUGUAUUAUUAAUGCCCAAACGAUAAGAAAUCGAAGAAAGAAGUAUCGUAUAACACGGCAAAACGUAGCUAUUCUUUCUGAAAAAUGCCAUCGAUGUAUCAACGCGCAAUAUAUAUUUAGAGAAGUACAUUUUAAAAUAUAUUAAAUUUUUAUCGUGCAGGAAAGUA